ACGCCUCAGUUCGCUCGUGAGAAGAAUCUGGCCACUGCAACUACACUCGACAAAAUUCCACAGAUGGCUGCUCUUUAAAUUCGACUGGACAUCGCAAAAGGCGUUUAAUGUCCUUGCAAGGGCAAGGAGCAAGGACCAUGGACCGCAAACGUCAAUGCAAUGUCGAUUGACGGGGGGCUUUGGUGCUGGGAAAGGUCGGGAAAAACACAAAAAGCUAUUAAGUGGCAACCAAAAUACAUUCCUCGCCCAGCUGGAGGUCCUGUCACAUUCUGAAAGCAACAAGUCUCACAUUGCGUAUACGAGAUGUUGACCAAGGCCCAGGCGUUGGCUCCUUUCAUUUGACUUUUGAGGACUAAACGUAUCGGUUGCUGCCGAGAGGACAAUUCGGGCUGAAACGCAAUUAAAUCUAGCCAUCAUGACAACUCCGAUUAAGAGUUCCCUGAGACUGGUGGUCCUUUUGGCUUUUGUGAUCUCUUGCCAGGCUACGCUUGAAAGGGAAAACAGUGAAGUGAACAACUUGUCGAAUCAUAAACUAAGUGGCGUAAUCCAGUGGAAGUAUGAAAAGCGACCUUUCUGCAACGCCUUUACAGGGUGUGGCCGUAAACGAACUUCGUAUCCCUCGUAUCCACCUUUUUCGUUGAUAAAACGCAACGAUAUCGAGGAAAAGCCCUACAAUAAUGAGUACUUAUCUGAGGGCUUGAGCGAUUUGAUCGACAUUAAUGCCGAGCCAGCUGUGGAAAAUGUUCAGAAGCAGAUUAUGUCGCAGGCUAAAAUAUUCGAGGCCAUCAAGGAGGCCAGCAAGGAGAUUUUCAGGCAAAAGAACAAGCAAAAGUUGCUGGAAAAUGGACAACAACUGCAACUACAAGAGGAAAGGGAGAACAUUUAAGAAGGACCAUGAAAAAGACCCGUAUAAAUGGACUAGCAAGUUUCCAAACCGGUUUUGUUAUUGUAAAUAUUAAAUAUAGUUGUACCUAUUAUCUGUGACUCUUUGACAUUGGCAAGCAUUCAAUAAAGAUUCGUUGACUUCAAUUUGUUUGUAAAUUAUUUAGCAAAUUAUCACAUCUGACUAAAAAUAUUUCAAAUCAUUUUUAAACAGGCAUGGCGUAAUAGCCAAAAAUUAUGACAAGUUGUUCAAAAUGUAUGCACAUUGUGAAAUUUAUAAACAAACUUGCCGAACAUUUACUAAACAAAUAUAGUUAUGAGUUUUAUCUCCUUCAUACAUGUAGUGGUAAUCAGAAAUGGGUCGGUGGGCUUCCCUAUCAAUCGGAUUCAUUCUGGCGAUAAGAGGAAUUAACCAUUUUGCUCUUAUCAGAAAAUAAUGCACCUAUUUAAUAAAAUUUCACCAGUUCUUUGU